GUAAAAUAAAAUCUUGUAUUUCGUAUUUCGUUGCAGGCAGGUCCAAAUGGUAUCCCCAUGCCAUCGUGAACUACAAAGUCCUCACAGCAGAUAAUUUCAAGGCCAAAUCUUCAUGGCAUCUGAUAUGUUUAUGUUUCAGAUUGCUUUGAUUUCUUAAUCCUAUAUUUUCUCAGCUAAUCGUCUUAAUUUGGAUGAUUAACAGAGGUUAAUCAUAACAAGUUUCUUGCUAUCUUUGUGUAACAUGAAGGCUCAAGAUCCAAAGUCUCCAAGCUUUUUUCCAAUAUCAUUCAAUCUCCAACGCCACCUCCUCAAUUACCUCUCAUAUUUCCUGCUCUUCGUUUUCGGAUUAACCCUCGGAGUUGUACUUAGCAAUCUCAGGGACCAUUCAUUCGGCAGCCUACAAUUCGCACAGAUCCCCUUCUCACCUGUGUCACCUCCUCCUCCAUUCAAUAUUUCAGAAACCUUAAAGCCAAAUGGAACCUCUCCAACAACAUCCGUUGUUGGGACCAACACGUCCGUUUCGUCAAGUCCUCCUCGGAUAGGGUUGAAGGACUAUCUGAAGCCGCCGAAGGCGUUUCACGACAUGAACAAUGCAGAACUGCUGUGGAGAGCUUCGAUGACUCCGCGGAUUCCUGAAUAUCCAUUCUGUCUUGUUCCAAAAGUUGCUUUCAUGUUCUUGACAAGGGGGCCGGUUGUUUUGGCACCACUGUGGGAAAAGUUCUUUGCAGGGCAUCACGGUUUGUACUCGAUUUAUGUGCACUCAAGUCCGUCCUACAAUCACUCAUCGUAUACCGAAACUCCAGUUUUUCGUGGCCGGAGAAUUCCGAGUCAGGAAGUAGAAUGGGGGACGGUGAGCUUGAUCGAGGCAGAGCGCCUCCUCCUGGCGAAUGCUCUUCUCGACAUCUCAAACCAGCGUUUUGUUCUGCUCUCAGAUGCAUGCAUUCCCCUCUAUAACUUCUCCACUGUCUACUCCUACCUCAUCAACUCCACCCAAACUUUUGUCGAGGUCUAUGACAAUCCCAAUGGAGAUGGACGCGGCCGGUAUGGACUCAGUGACUAUCCGGGAAUCACAAUCGAUCAAUGGCGAAAAGGGUCGCAGUGGUUCCAAGCGGAUCGAGACCUCGCCCUUGAAUUCGUAUCGGAUAGAAAAUACUUCCCAGUGUUCAUGAAAUGCAAAGGCUACUGUUUUUCGGAUGAACAUUAUUUGCCAACGUUUGUGUCCAUGAAAUUUGGAGCAAAGAAUGCAAAUAGGACGUUGACCUGGGUUGACUGGGAAAAGGGUGGCCCACACCCUACGGAGUACGCCACCAAAAAUCGGACGGCGGAGCUUUUGAGUGGCCUGAGGAAUGGUUUUGGUCGGAAAUGUGAAUACAAUGGGAGGAGUACAGAUGUUUGUUUCUUAUUCGCCAGGAAGUUCCCGCCAACUGCUUUGGAUAACCUGCUGAAGUUUGCACCGGAGAUCAUGCACUUCAACACAAAGAUAUUCUGACUACUGUACUCAUAUUAAUUCAUUUUUGUUUGUAGUCUGAAAAAUUAAAUUGUUACUUUCAUGGAAAAUAUUCACAAAUUAAUUAUACCAUUUUUUUUAUAGUAAAA